AUGUGGGCUGAGGGCGAUCUCGGCUUGGAGGCCAAGGCGCCGAGAAUGCGUCCGCGCAGGGCGCUGAGCAUCGCCUCCCUUGCGGCGCUCCUCGGCGCCUUCCUGGCCGGCUCGCUACUUGCGAGUGCUGGCGAUGCCUUCGCCAGCACCAUCAAUCAGAAAUACACAGCAACGGGAAAGUACAUCCCGAAGAAGUACAGAAGGUGGAAACCCACCGUGGUGCUGCUGCAGGACCAUCCCAAGCUUGGCAAGAAGGGCGACGUUGUGACGGUGAAGAAGGGCUACUACCGCAACAUCCUCUAUCCCGAGGGUGUGGCCAAGAGGCAGGAUGCCAGCAUCAUGAAGCAGCUCGAUCAGGAGUCUAGGCUGAAAAGCAAGGAGGCCGCAAAGCAGUUGGCGGAAGCUCUGAAGAAGAAAGAAGCCAUCGAGAAGCAUGGGCCGUUCGUCUUUGAGAAGAAGGUCCGCGAGGAUAAGGAAAACAUCUAUGGGUCCCUCUCGCAGAUCAACGUUGCGGAGGAGAUAGUGAAGGCCACAGCUGUUCCUGUGCGCCAAGUCUCUGUGCAGAUUCCCAAGAUCACGAAAGUCGGUACUUACCGCGGCACCAUCGAAUUCCUCCCCGAAGUCAUUGCAGUUCUUGAGAUCAAGGUGGUCCCCGAAGGCUACGAAGAGGUUCCAGAUGCGCUGGUGGCAGAGCUUGCCAGGUGGCGAAGGGAGGUCUGUGAGAGCUGCGGGGCCAAAGCGAUGUUCUACUGCCCCUUCUGUUGCACGCCUCUCGGGGUUCCCGAUGGCGUCACCGUUCCAAGGGCGAGGCUGCCAUUCGCGCGGUGUGACAUUAUCUUCGACGAUGCACCCAAGAAGGCUACCAGCAUCCACGCCAAAGUACUUGCUCCGGAACAGGUCCGCCUCAUCGACCUCUUCACUACAGAGGCCAACACUAAUCGCACCCUGAGCCGACCCGGCGGCGGCACUGCCACCAAGGCAGACUUCGAGGACUCAACAGGAGUGCCCUCCAACGCCGUGAUCAGGGAGAUCCCCGAGUACGACCCUCACAUUACGCUGGUGCUCUUCCCAGACGACAGCAGUGCAACCUUCGAAGAGGUGGCUACUGAGCCAGAUUUCGGAUCACCUGAUCGUCUUACACUUGUCGUGAUCGACUCGCCGUGGAAGCGAGCACAGGUCUUGCGCAAACACCCUCGGCUGGCCAAGCUGCGAUCUAUUCGCCUUGGACAUCCUCCGCCUUCUAGAUUCUGGCGCUACCACUCGGAGGGCACAGGCUGCGUUUCCACCGUGGAGGCCCUGGCCGCUCUAGCCAAAGAAGUGCUUCCCCGAACCGGGGGAGCCGCAGAGGGCUCGGAGCCUCCUGGAUUUGACUCCUUCAUGGAUGAUCCAUUCCUGUUCUUCUUCGUGCGGCAGUUUGCCUAUAUCUCGGAGAACAAGCGCACAGCAGGAGCCGGCGAACGCCCCAUGGACCCAGCAGCGAAGCAGCGCCGCAUGGAGCAGGUCCGGCAGAAGGAAGCGAAGCGGCUCAAGCUCCGCCCCUUCGGAAGGGGCAGUCCCGUGCAUGAGGAUGUUGGGGACGCAGCUUCUGGGGAGCUCUCGGAAAACAGAGCAAGAGUAAGUGCGUUCCAUUGCGUUCCAGCACUGUAUUGCAGCAUGGGAAGCGAUCAAUAA